UUGGCCCGCGGCUCUGGGAGGCGGCCAAUGACUGCACUCGGGUAGAGCCGCGAGGCCAAUAUGGCUUCCUGCACCUGGUGACGGUUGAAGAAACGGUGUUAGGUCUCAUGGAGAAGACCCGGGGCGUCGAGGAAGCUCCAUCUUCAGAACCUAUGGAGGAGGAAGAGGAAGAGGAGGACGAUUUGGAGCUCUUUGGUGGCUAUGACAGUUUCCGGAGCUAUAACAGCAGUGCGGGCAGCGAGAGCAGCUCCUAUCUGGAGGAGUCAAGUGAAGCAGAAAAUGAGGAUCGGGAAGCAGGGGAGCUGCCCACCUCUCCCCUGCAUUUGCUCAGCCCUGGGACUCCCCGCUCCUUGGAUGGCAGUGGUUCUGAACCAGCUGUCUGUGAGAUGUGUGGUAUCGUGGGUACAAGGGAAGCCUUCUUCUCCAAGACUAAGAGAUUCUGCAGCGUCUCCUGUUCUAGGAGCUACUCCUCCAACUCCAAGAAAGCCAGUAUCUUGGCCAGAUUACAGGGAAAACCACCUACCAAGAAAGCCAAAGUCCUCCACAAGGCGGCCUGGUCUGCCAAAAUUGGAGCCUUCCUCCACUCCCAAGGGACAGGACAGCUGGCAGAUGGGACGCCGACUGGGCAAGAUGCGCUGGUCUUGGGUUUCGACUGGGGGAAGUUCCUGAAGGAUCACAGUUACAAAGCUGCUCCUGUCAGCUGUUUUAAGCAUGUCCCACUGUAUGACCAGUGGGAGGACGUGAUGAAGGGGAUGAAGGUGGAGGUGCUCAAUAGCGACGCUGUGCUCCCCAGCCGGGUGUACUGGAUUGCCUCUGUCAUUCAGGCCGCAGGGUACCGGGUGCUGCUCCGGUAUGAGGGCUUUGAGAAUGACGCCAGCCAUGACUUCUGGUGCAACCUGGGAACAGUGGAUGUCCACCCCAUUGGCUGGUGUGCCAUCAACAGCAAGAUCCUGGUGCCCCCGCGGACCAUCCAUGCCAAGUUCACCGACUGGAAGGGGUACCUCAUGAAACGGUUGGUGGGCUCCAGGACGCUUCCUGUGGAUUUCCAUAUCAAGAUGGUGGAGAGCAUGAAGUACCCUUUCCGGCAAGGCAUGCGGCUGGAGGUGGUGGACAAGGCCCAGGUGUCACGGACCCGCAUGGCCGUCGUGGACACAGUAAUUGGGGGUCGCCUUCGGCUCCUCUAUGAGGAUGGCGACAGCGAUGACGACUUCUGGUGCCACAUGUGGAGCCCCCUGAUCCACCCAGUGGGUUGGUCACGGCGCGUUGGCCAUGGCAUCAAGCUUUCAGAGAGGCGCAGUGACAUGACCCACCAUCCCACCUUCCGGAAAAUCUACUGUGAUGCUGUUCCUUACCUGUUCAAGAAGGUUCGAGCUGUCUACACGGAAGGUGGUUGGUUUGAGGAGGGGAUGAAACUGGAAGCCAUUGACCCCCUGAAUCUGGGCAACAUCUGCGUGGCAACCAUCUGCAAGGUUCUCCUGGACGGCUACCUCAUGAUCUGUGUGGACGGGGGGCCUUCCACAGAUGGCUCAGACUGGUUCUGUUACCAUGCCUCCUCCCACGCUAUCUUCCCAGCUACCUUCUGCCAAAAGAAUGACAUUGAGCUCACACCACCUAAAGGCUACGAAUCACACACUUUCAGCUGGGACACCUACUUGGAGAAGACCAAGUCAAAAGCAGCUCCGUCGAGACUCUUUAACAUGGACUGCCCCAACCACGGCUUCAAAGUGGGCAUGAAGCUGGAGGCCGUGGACCUGAUGGAACCCCGGCUCAUCUGCGUGGCCACGGUGAAGCGGGUGGUGCAUAGGCUCCUCAGCAUCCACUUUGACGGCUGGGACAGCGAAUACGACCAGUGGGUGGACUGUGAGUCUCCGGACAUCUACCCCGUCGGCUGGUGUGAGCUCACCGGCUACCAGCUCCAGCCACCCGUGGCCGCAGAGCCGACCACACCUCUGAAGGCCAAAGAGGCCACGAAGAAGAAAAAGAAACAGUUUGGGAAGAAAAGGAAAAGAAUACCACCGAGCAAGACCCGGCCCCUCAGACAGGGGUCCAAGAAGCCCCUGCUGGAGGACGACCUGCAGGCCGCCGAGAAGAUCUCAUCGGAGCCUGUUCCUGAAGAGAUCAUUGCUGUGCGUGUGAAGGAAGAGCAUCUAGACAUGGCCACACCUGACAAAGCCCCGAGUCCAGAGCUGCCUGUUCCCAUCGAGAACAUCAAACAGGAGACAGACGACUGAGCCUUCCCCACAGCCAGCCCGGGGCUUCUCUGUUGCUACCGCCCCUCACCCCACCUUAGUUGGGAGAACGAGCCUUUUUUGCCUAAGUUCUGCCGGGUGCUGUGAAGGCCAGGCCCCCAAGGACCUCUGUCCUCCUCCCUGACAAGGCCUGACUGACUGGCACUGCCUGAGGCCUCCGCGUUGGUCUCUGAGUGUCUCCUCCAGCUAGAGUUCCCAAAGCUCUUUCUACAGCAACCUCCCUCCACACCCACCACACCCCUCGGCCGCCGGGGUCGGGGGCUGCCCCCCAUCACACUGCAAGACAAGUCCGUGAAGGGUGUGUGUGUCUGAGCGAGUCCUGUAAUAAAGGCCUGGAGCAGCUCUGA